AUGGAUGAAGACACGGCCGCGGAAGAAGGCGGCCCACCUACUGCGGGAGAAGAGGCUCCUCCCUCUACGGAAGAGGCAGCCCACGCCCUCUCAGAAGAGUCCCCGCCCCCUCCGGGAGAAGAGUCCCCGCCCCCUCCUGGAGAAGGGGCCCCGCCCCUUUUAGAAGUGGAGGCUCAGGGGGAGGAAGCUUUCCCUCUUUCCGCAGAAGAUGCUCCUGCUUCCGUGGUUGAUUAUCGGAAUCUCAUUCCUUCUGAGGAAGGGAUAAUUCUUCCAGACGACGAUGAGCCGGAUCUGAAUAGAGCUCGAAGUAGACUUGCACCGCGGCCGAUUCCAUCGGUGAUUUCUGAAGUGUUUUCUUCUCAGUCUUCCCGCCGGGCGUCCAAAUUUCGCCGAAGUAUGAGUGGUAUUCCAAAUCUACAGGAGACGUUAAAAGAGAGACAGGCAAGAUUUAGAGAUGCAAGGGAAAGCCGAAAAAUGAAAAUUGACCCGUCAUACAAAUACGUAUUUGAAAUUAUAGCACAAACUCUUGGCUUGGACAUAGUCACUGUUGAAGAAUUAAUUUUGGAUUCACCAUCUCUGGAUGCAUUUGCUAAUUUUUUUGGAAAAGAUGGUUGUAAGACAUUGAAAAUUUUUUAUCAGGAAGGAGAUGUCCCUGGUGUUGAAUGCGGUCGAACUAUUCAUGGAGUAAUCAAAGGGGCAAAAAUGAUGAGAUUGUAUGUAGACAGUGCAGCCCCGGAGAAACUAAAAGGACUAUGUUUACUUUUUGUUCGUUGUCGUGAUGAUAUUGCUAUAAAUGUUAAAAGUGUUCAUGAGGAAGUGCUGUUUACUGUUCUGGAUGCAUCAAAAGGACUUUUAAAUGGGAUUAGGGACAUGUUGUCAAAUGUAUUUCUACCAGCUAUUCUUGCAACAAACAAUUGGGGUGCUUUAAACCAGUCAAAACAGGGAGAAUCUGAAAAACACAUUUUCACUGAAACUAUCAACAGAUACCUUUCAUUUUUAGAUGGUGCUAGAAUAAGUAUUGAGGGGACAGUGAAGUUAAAGACAAUAGACAAUAUUGAUUUUUCCAAACUACACACCUUUGAAGAAGUCACUGCUGCAGCCAGCAGUUCAGAAACUGUUUACCAGCUAGAGGAAGUACUGAUGAUAUGGUACAAACAGAUUGAACAGGUGAAUUGA